GUCAAGUCAACGAAAGCGAUUUUGGCGGUUUUGAAGUUUUAACAAUUUUUAAUUGUAAUUUUGGGAGUAAAUAAUAUUCAAUAUGGAUAUCAGUUACGAGAAUAUGCCAACAAAACAGUGCUUUAAAUGCAACGAAGAGGCUCUCAUCAAUCUAAACAUAUUUUAUUACGCACCUAGCGAUACAAUAAUAUUAUGGAACCAAUUUCAAGUAUUCGUUUAUGUAAAUAAAAAAUUCGAAAAUCCUGUGAUAAAAUUUAAUUCUCGGUAUGAAAUACUGGACAUAAUGAUCUGUGAUAUCUAUUUAGCUUGCGUAGAUAAUUGUGGCGAAAUCCAAUUACAUUGUUUAAAUACUAAUUCAAAAAUUAACUUUUCCGUGGGCCGUGGGACUUCAAACUACAUUGUGGCCGUAUCGCUCAUCAAAAAUAACAUGGCUUUAUGUUUGAAAUACAACUCAAAUACAUAUUCUAUAUGCUUAAAUCAAAUUGCGAAAUAUUUCGAGUUUGAGAAUCAAGUACAAUUAUUGCUGUCCAAUGACGCGUUACCACCUUUACAGACACCAGACAAAUACAUUAUAGUACACGGAAGUCUCCAGUCCAUUACAGAUGACCAUUUAGAAACUCUGCAAAACAUGUUUUGUAUUAAUGAGUACCAAAAAAUCUCAAAGAAGCAUGAGUUGGUAGUGCUAUCCUUUGAUAAAUUAGAUGUUUACAGUUGCAUAAUAAUGUGUGAAAAGUCUCAAUGUGAAGCUAAACUAGUGAAACUAUACUCAUGUCCAUCUGAAAUAUCCAAUAUAAACAUUAUUGAACCUGAACUGACGGUUGUGAUAACUCUUGCUAUAGGCACAGUUGUUAUUCUGUCCUGGACUGACCUUAAGACACCUAAGAUAGUUCAUUUGAACAUUGCAGUUCACAAAUCCUUAGUUUACAAAGAUUCCAUCAUCUACACCGAUGGGAAAUCUCUAUGGAGAGCCGACAGUAUUAUGUCCCAAGACAUAAAAUUCAGGCAAUUCUUUGUGAAACAAGUUAAAGAUUUUAUAGUAGUGGGAAAUGAGAUUAUUUGUACCACAUUCACGAAUUUAAUAUACACAUUUUCUAUAGAUAGUCCAGAGUCAUAUUUGAAGGAUGAAUCCAUUGAGUACUGUCCUGCAGACAGGCUGUUGAACAACAAUUUUGAUUAUGUAAAGAAAAUUUUGGAUGAAGUUAAUAAGAAUGAUGUGAUAGCCAAAAAACUGAUGAAAGAAAGAGAUUACAUUACUGCAUUGUCUCUGUCCAACAGGCAGGAUGUGAUGGACAGCGUUAUAAACCACAAAGUUAUAGUGUAUGACAACUAUGACGAUGCAAUUACGGAAAAUAAAAAAGCUAUCCUAACAAGCAACUUUAGCGAGUAUUUUGAGGAAGAAUCAUUCUUCAUUUUAGUUAAAAUCUCCACAACUACAGAACAUAAACUGGACCAUAUUCUAUCAAAUGCAAUCGGAGACUUGAGAAUUCACUUAACAGUCUCUACAAGUAAUAAAGUAAUUAAAACUAUAAGUAUUAAAGUUGCAGAAAUUAAGAAACUUAGUUAUUUAAUACCACUAAAGAGCAAAGCUAUUGAUUUCACAGAAAUUAAUGUAAAUAUUAAAAUUAUGUCAACAAUACCGGGAGCUUUGGAUGCUAAGCACAAGACAUUUACCAUAUUGUAUAGAAAACAAGUAACAUUACACUCAGAACACUUUAUAAAAUUCAACCUGAUUCUUAAUAGACGGCAGUGCUUGAAAAGAUUUGAAGAUCCGUUAGCAAAACUUAUUUUGCAAACCUCUAUCAAUAAUUUUGGACAUCUAUUUGAAUUUGAAGAUGGUAUAAAGCACAGACCUUCAAAAGAAUGGCAAAUGUAUGUAAGAUUGCCGGAUAAAUAUCAAGAAGUAUUCAGAAAUAAGGAGAACACUAAACAUUUAACUUCCAAGAAGGUCACAUACUUCCUCCAACAAUUCACGUCUGAAGAAUUUUUAAAAUCAAAAAGUAAUUUAAUAUUCUCCAUAGGUAAUGAAAAAGUGAAGAUAGAGAUAUACAAUGAUAGCUUCUCAAAUCCCCUACUGAAGUUGUCCAGUGCUAAUAUAAAAAUAUUGUCAAAUAUGAGAAAUUUCUUAUCUGACUUGAUUUACUGUGUGUUCACCAAUUUCACUCCUGGGAAUGAGUUCAUCAAUCUUUCUUCGUAUGCUGCUAUUGAAAAUCUACAGAAAGCAGUACGAACAUGUAUUGCAGCUUCAUCAGAAGAUUUGGAACCCCUCAUAGAACAAUUUGAAAGGAAUGUCAUUGGAGUUUUACCUAUUUAAAAAUAACCAAUGCUCUUGUUUAUAUAUUAUUUUAUCUAAUAAGACUAAACUGUGAUCAAAAUGUAAUAAAUCGUUUUUUACUUUCGUAAUUGUUUGUCUGUUCAUAAUACCUUUACCUAUGUAUAUUAACUGUUCAUAAGUAGCACAGGCACACAUUGGUCUGCUUAUAACCAUGGGACAUAAGUGUCUGCAUUGUUU